AUGGAAUCAAUCAAAAACCAAACCUCCUUUAGCAGCUUUGUACUUCUGGGACUGACCAAUCAAAAGGAGCUGCAACCCAUUCUCUUCCUCAUCUUCCUCAUAAUUUAUUCAUUGACUCUGCUGGGAAACUUGCUUAUUAUUGUCCUCAUAUGGCUGGACUAUUGCCUGCACAAGCCCAUGUACUUCUUCAUUGGCAACUUGUCCUUUCUAGACCUGUGCUUCUCCUCGGUCACAGUGCCCAAACUGCUGGCUGUCUUUAUGUCAAACAAGGCCAUUCAGAUCUCAUGGUGUUCUGCUCAGCUGUUUCUUUUCACUUCGUUGGGCAGCGCCCAGUGUUUGCUCCUUUCAGCCAUGGCUUAUGAUCGUUACGUGGCCAUCUGCAAGCCCUUGCUCUAUGCUGCCAUCAUGAACAGUAGAAUCUGUUUGCUCCUGGCUUUGGCUUUGUGGUGUGUGGCUUUUAUAAACGGUUUGGUACAGACUAACUACACCUUCCAGCUAUCAUUCUGUAGUGAGACCAUUAAUCACUUUCUGUGUGAGAUUCCUCCUCUACUAAGCGUGGCCUGUACAUCUACAUUCAUGAAUGAAUUACUGCUCUUUUCUCUGAUCGGCCUUAUUUCUGUUGGUUCCUUAUUGCUGAUCAUUGUAUCUUACAUACACAUUGCCUCUGCAAUCAUGAGGAUCUCCUCCAUACAAGGACGAAGGAAGACCUUCUCCACAUGUGCCUCCCAUCUGACACUUGUAACGCUCAUGUACGGCUCAGCUUUCUUUGUCUACAUGAAGCCAUCUCCAUCUGAUGCCAGAAAGAAGGACACUUCCGUUUCAGUGCUGUAUACAGUAGUAACUCCUAUGCUUAACCCAAUUAUUUACAGCUGGAGAAACACAGAAGUUUUAACGGCUUUUAGAAAGACUUUCCUAAGAAAAUCAUUUUAA